UGUCGCGCGCACCACGCGUGUCCACGUGUGUCUCGCAUUUAAUUAACUACUUGUUAUCGAUAAAAAAAACAAACAAAACUUAGUGAAAAAACAGAGUGCGCUGAUUCUUUGCAGGUUACGUUCGGUGAACUUUUUUUUUAGUUUUGCGAUGUGCAAUGUUUUUGUAGAUUUUGCAUUUGUUAUGUGAGAUUCAUGCCUAGUUCAAGGGUUCCAUCGAUCGAGAUACGUUAUCAGUGGAUGCACUGAUAGGCUUGUGCGCCGAUUUUCAGCUGUAUAUGACUUGUGUGAGUGUAAACUAGAAGUGUUGUGAAGUAAAAAUGUCGGAACGGUUCAAAGUGACGAAGUCGGACGAGCCCACGGGCAAAGCGUUCAAGAACUAUGGCGCUACGGCUGCAGACAACGAGGUUGAACUCAAGGGGAAACUCCUUCCAGACUCAGGUGACACAGACGAACAUGGCCUGCCCAAAGACAAGGACAAGGGAUGCGAUACGAACCUCUAUCUCUAUCAUGACGAACUCGAAGACAGACCUCGAGUGGCGACCUUCCUCAGCUCCCUGGCAGACUACUCCAACACCAUCCCUACGGCUUCAGCGGCAGACCCCGACGCACCCAAACCCGCACCGCCGGCGCGCAUGGGCACGCUGAUCGGCGUGUACCUCCCCUGCAUACAGAACAUAUUCGGCGUUAUCCUCUUCAUCCGUCUGACGUGGGUGGUGGGCACGGCCGGCGCGAUACAAGGCUUCCUGAUUGUACUGACAUGCUGUUGUACGACAAUGUUAACGGCGAUAUCGAUGUCUGCGAUCGCCACGAACGGUGUGGUCCCGGCCGGCGGCUCCUACUUCAUGAUCGGACGGUCCCUCGGCCCCGAGUGCGGCGGCGCGGUCGGCAUGCUCUUCUACACGGGGACAACGCUCGCCGCGGCUAUGUACAUCGUGGGUGCUGUUGAGAUCGUUCUGACGUACAUGGCGCCGUGGAUGUCAAUAUUCGGUGACUUCACGAAGGACCAAGAGGCUAUGUUUAACAAUUUCCGAGUGUACGGCACGGGGCUACUGCUGAUCAUGGGCAUGGUGGUGUUUGUAGGCGUCAAAUUUGUCAACAAGUUCGCUACGAUCGCCCUCGCCUGCGUCAUCCUGUCUAUAACUGCGGUAUACGCCGGAAUAUUCGUCAAUUGGAACGGAAAUGACAAGCUACAGAUGUGCGUUUUGGGUAAGCGACUACUGAAGGAUAUUAACAUUGAGAAUUGUACCAAAGAAGUAGGAGGGGAAUUGCAUCGUGUCUUCUGUCCUGACAAUAUUUGCGAUCCAUAUUAUAAGGACCAUGAGCUAAGCAUCGUGCAGGGUAUUAAGGGACUCGCGAGUGGUGUUUUCUUUGAUAAUUUACAAGAUUCCUUUCUUACUCUCGGACAAUAUAUCGCUUAUGGAAAGGAGCCAGACGACAUUGAACAAAUGGAGCGGCCAACAUACAAUCAAAUUUACGCCGAAACAACGACGACGUUCACUAUCUUAAUUGGGAUAUUUUUCCCAUCGGUGACAGGUAUCAUGGCCGGAUCUAAUCGGUCUGGUGAUUUGGCGGAUGCACAGAAAAGUAUUCCAAUUGGAACGAUUUGCGCCAUUCUGACGACGUCUACUGUUUAUUUAUCUUGCGUGCUUCUUUUUGCGGGCACAGUUGACAAUUUGUUGCUGCGUGAUAAAUUCGGCCAGUCAAUUGGUGGAAAACUUGUUGUGGCCAACAUGGCUUGGCCAAAUCAGUGGGUGAUAUUAAUAGGAUCUUUCCUGUCAACCCUUGGAGCUGGAUUACAAUCUUUAACUGGUGCGCCUCGUUUACUUCAAGCGAUUGCAAAAGAUGAAAUUAUUCCUUUCUUGGCACCAUUUGCGGUUUCGUCAAGUAGAGGAGAACCAACACGAGCUUUGCUAUUAACGAUGGUAAUCUGUCAAUGCGGAAUUUUGCUGGGAAAUGUCGACAUUCUUGCGCCUCUUCUUUCCAUGUUUUUCUUAAUGUGCUACGGAUUUGUAAAUUUAGCUUGUGCUUUACAAACACUUUUGAAAACUCCAAAUUGGCGUCCUAGGUUCAAAUAUUAUCACUGGUCGCUGUCUCUUGCGGGUCUAGUCCUAUGUAUCUCUAUCAUGUUUAUGACUUCCUGGUUUUAUGCUCUUAUAGCAAUGGGUAUGGCUGGAAUGAUAUACAAAUACAUUGAAUAUAGAGGUGCUGAAAAGGAAUGGGGUGAUGGACUCCGGGGUUUGGCUCUAUCUGCAGCUCGUUACUCCUUAUUGCGCCUUGAAGAAGGACCACCACAUACAAAGAAUUGGCGUCCCCAAGUUUUGGUGCUGGCUAAGUUGAACGAUGAUCUGAACCCCAAGUAUCGCAAGAUGUUGGCGUUUGCUAGCCAACUGAAGGCUGGUAAGGGUCUGACGGUUUGCGUCUCUGUAUUGGCCGGAGACUUUACGCGAAGAUCGGGAGAGGCAUCUACUGCUAAGCAGAAUUUACGUAAAUGCAUGAACGAAGAAAAAGUCAAAGGUUUCGUCGACGUCCUUGUUUCUCCUAGCAUACCCGACGGUUUGAGCCACUUUGUGCAAACCACUGGGUUAGGCGGUCUGAAGCCAAACACUGUUAUUGUGGGUUGGCCUUAUGGUUGGCGACAAUCGGAAGAUGAGCGCACGUGGCAGUCGUUCCUACAAACCGUGAGGGCUGUCACCGCGGCAAGAAUGGCCAUGCUCGUACCGAAAGGAAUUAACUUUUUCCCGGAUUCAACAGAGAAGGUAUCCGGGAAUAUAGACAUCUGGUGGAUAGUUCACGACGGUGGUAUGUUGAUGCUGCUGCCAUUCCUCCUGAAGCAACAUCGCACGUGGAAAAAUUGCAAGAUGCGCAUCUUUACCGUCGCGCAGAUGGAAGACAACUCCAUCCAGAUGAAGAAGGACCUAAAGAUGUUCUUGUAUCAGCUACGUUUGGAAGCAGAAGUCGAAGUUGUUGAAAUGACUGACAGCGAUAUAUCCGCAUAUACCUACGAGCGUACUCUGAUGAUGGAACAACGUAAUCAAAUGCUGCGUGAGCUGAGACUCAAUAAGAAGGAGGCACUAGGCAUGAUGCAAAAUUUGGUGGACUAUCACGAACAAAACGCUGAGGAGAAGUUGCCUCUGGUCCAAGCGAUCGUAGAUCACCAUCACGCAGACGUGAAGACCACUAGUAAAGUGCGUUUCGCUGAACCUGGAUCCGAGGCUGCUCCUGACGACGCCCCCUCACCUCCUCUCGCGGAACUUGAAGAAAAAGAUAAAGAUGAUAAGGACGAAUUUCGAAGUAGUUUGUUGCACAUAAUUGAUUCAAUGUGGGACUCGCCCGAUGAACGCUCGCAGUGUGAGGACUCGCCGUCGCCGACUGCCGACGAGAAAAAGGAAACCAACGCUAAUGGCGACGCACUCAACCAGAAGCCCAAUCUGCCUCCUAUCACUCCUGACGAGGGCACGGUACGGCGCAUGAACACCGCCGUGAAGCUGAACGAGGUGAUAGUGUCCCGCUCGCACGAUGCACAACUUGUCAUCCUCAACCUGCCCGGACCACCCCGAGACACGAAACUUGAGAGGGAAUCUAACUACAUGGAGUUCUUGGAGGUGUUGACGGAAGGCCUGGAGAAGGUGCUGAUGGUACGCGGCGGGGGACGCGAGGUGAUCACCAUCUACUCGUGAACGCCCUGCGCGCUGCUCACUCCACAUGGCAAUAUUAAUCUUACACGUGUUUCUGAACUGUUAGCGGACGCGCCCCACUACGGGCGCCAAAUGUGUCUCCUUGUGUUCUCUCGUCUAGGAAUAAUUCGGUUUCCAUCGGUCAUAUCUACGUCGCUCGUGGUUUCCGUAUUUUACGCAUAUAUUUUGUUACGAUUAUUGAAAUUAUAUUAUUUCGAUAUACUUGUUAGAUCUAAAAUUUUGUUACGUUUGAUGCUUAGAAUGAUUUAUGAAAGAUUUAUUCACUGUUAUAGCGUAGAUAAGUGUAUGAAUUGUAUCUAAUUAAUGCCUUAAACUGAUAGUUCUAAGUUUGUUUCGUUACUACUUAGUAGCUAAGCGAUUAGGUCUCUCGGAGCCGCCGAUAUCCAUAUCGAUUCAUUUUUACUAUUGUUAUACUUCCCUUCGAAUUUUUAAUAUAAAUAUUGACAAAGGCGUACGCACUAUAAAAAGUAUCUGUACAAAAUAACUGUAAAUAGAUGUUUUGUUAAGAUUGUAAUGUCUGCUCAACUAAAGUAACUCCACCUGAAAGAUCAUGAGCCCUCAUUUGUACUCUUUACCCGAAUAGAUUAGAUCUAGUCACUAACACUGUCAUUUGAAAAUUCUAUUUAUAUUAUGCUACAUCGACGAAAAUUUAUCGAUUUUAACUGACAACAAAUAUGUUAUUUUUACUUUAUAGUUUUGUAUCAAUUAUUUUAAGUUAAAGUAAAAUAAAACCAAAAAAAAGUUGACGACAGAUUUGCGGUAGGCUAGUCUGUGCUGAGAAUAGGUAAAAUAGAAUUUUUGAAACUACCUAAAAUUAGGAAAAUCUUUGUCUCCCUCUUCUGGCAUUCACUUAGUUCUUAUAGGUAACGAAAUGUCAGAAGUGGGAUAAGAUAAUCGGCAACUUAAUGCAAUAACUCGAGAUGAGACUUUUAGAUGACUAUCCUACACGAUCUGUGAAUACGUAAUAAGUAAAUCAACUUUAUGGGCGAUUUCCCUUUAGUGAAUACUUAAUAUUGUAAGGAUAUUACGCACAUUCGCGUAGUUAGUACUGUGGUCGUCAAUAAGAGAAACGCAUCGUAUAGAGACAAAAAGUAAUUGAACUUCAUUAGAUAUAAUUCCUUCGAGCACUCUAAAGUUAGUGGUGCAAAUGAAUAGACUAGUUGUUAUACAGAUAGAGGUCUACAUACUACAAUGGCUCUCGCAACAUUCGUUCGAUUCAUAUUAUGGUAAACUUUUUAUGAAAUUUGAAUCUUAUUAAAUUCUACUUUAAGGCUCAUGUUUAAAAAUUUGGUUUUUCAUAAUAUGAAUUGUCGAUUUUAGACCUCCUGAUGACAGUUCACUCUUUUCCAAAUGUUAGGUCUCAGUGUAAAAAGACCUCGACCUUAACAUCCUAAUUAUAAAAGUAAAAUAAUUGCAAUAGAAUAUCUACUUUAAAAAUUUCGAAUUCGGCAUAAGAACAUCUAGUUACGUACCGAAUUCAGGCAAGUAACAUAGAUCAGAAAAGUUACUAUUCAGUAAUACUUGAUAUUUUAAUAUUCAUUUUCGUACCAUCUUUUGGUACUUGUCUAAUCAAAUACCGUUAAAUAUUUUAAAACCAUCUUCCAUCAAUGAAAGAAUGUCAUUAGUAAUCGACAUCAAAUAUUAAGCGAGCGAUAUAACAUUUAUUUCCUUACAUAUUAUAACAUAAACUAAGAAAAUUUAUAUGUAUGCUACGAAACACCAAUGUACGUCAUUGUGAACAAAACCAUAAUGUGGUUCCUAUAAAAUGGUUGCACAAAAAUCCACAUACAUUUUACCUACCUUUAAGUGUAAAGACUAUUUAACUCGAACUAAAAUACAAAAAGGUCAAUUUCACUCAUUAAUUUUCAUUUAUACUUGUGUAUUUCAAUCGAGUGUUGCAAAUUGCAUUAGUAGUAGGUAUCAUCGGCUUAGGUUUCGAGAAAAUAUGGCUU